AAGCGGCGGCCGGCCGGGCCGGGCCACGCGGGGCGGAGGCUGCGCGGGCAGGUCGGGGCAGGCUGGCCGGGCGGGGUCGGGAGCCGAGUCCUCAGCCCUAGCCGCGCCGGAGCGGAGCGAGGACACCGAGGCCCCGCCCCGGCCGCCGGUGGUGCCCGGACCUCCGAGCCGCGCCGCAGACACAGCCGGAAACUGGCCCCGCCGGAGCCCGAGACCCAGCCUAGUGCCACCUGACCCCGAGCCGGAGCCACACGAAUCGGAGCCCGAGUCCGAGCCCCAGUCCGGGCCGUCCGAGCCCGGCCUGGCAUGGCGGGGCCGCGGGGCGCGCUCCUGGCCUGGUGUCGCCGCCAGUGCGAGGGCUACCGCGGCGUGGACAUUCGCGACCUGAGCAGCUCCUUCCGGGACGGCCUGGCUUUCUGCGCCAUCCUGCACCGGCACCGGCCCGACCUGCUUGACUUCCAAUCACUCUCCAAGGAAAAUGUCUUCGAGAAUAACCGAUUGGCCUUUGAAGUGGCUGAAAAGGAGCUGGGCAUCCCUGCUCUCCUGGACCCCAACGACAUGGUCUCCAUGAGUGUCCCUGACUGUCUCAGCAUCAUGACCUAUGUAUCCCAGUACUACAACCACUUCACCAGUUCUGGCCAAGCUGCUGCCUCACCACCCAAACCAGGAAAGGACCCAGCACCCCCCUCCCCCACAUCCACACCACCCGCUGUGCAGCCAGGACAGGAGGCUCAGGGUGAUGACCUCUCCCCGGACAGCCUGUCCGAGCAGGGCAAACAGCAGCCCCCCAGCAGCGCAUGCGCGGCCUGUGGGCAGCGGGUGCAUCUGGUGCAGCGGUACUUGGCGGAGGGCAGGCUCUACCACCGGCACUGCUUCCGAUGUCGGCAGUGUUCCAGCACGCUGGUCCCAGGCUCUUACAGUAGUGGGCCCGAGGAAGGCUCCUUUGUGUGUGCAGAACGCUGCACCAGGCCGGGUCCCGGAGGCCGGUCAGGAACUAGGCCCCUUUCACAGCAAAAGCAGCAGCCUGCUGCAGAAGCCAAGGAUGCAGAGGAUAGUGACCCGAGCCUGAGCGUGGCUGCGGUGGCCGAGGCAGACGGGCUCCAGGCCAGCUCCGAGGUACAGCCCCACACCCUGAGCAAGCCGCCUCUUCCCAGCAAGCCCCAGGAGCUGGCCAGUCCCCCUGUUGGCCGGCCCACACCUGCCCCCAGGAAGGCUUCUGAGAAUUCAGCCUUAACACCCCCAACACCGAGACCUCGGUCUAGCCUGCAGCAAGAUGGCAUGGUGGAGCAGAGUGUCAGCAGUGGCCUUGUGAAUGGGAGACUACAGGAACCGCCUAUUCCCAAGCCAAGAGGGACACCCAAGCUGUCAGAGAGGAUGCCAGCACCAAGGAAGGACCCCCCAUGGAUCACAUUGGUGCAGACAGAACCAAAGAAGAAGCCAGCCCCACUGCCCCCCAGCAGCGGUCCUGGGCCACUGAGUCAGACCUCCAGACAGGUGGAGAAUGGAGGCCCGGAGGAAAGGAUCCAGAAAAGCCCAGGAGCUGAGCCAGAGCCCAAGCCCUACAACCCAUUUGAGGAGGACGAGGAAGAAGAGUCUGGCUCAGCAGUACCCAGCCCUGCUCCAGCCCCACCAGUACCCAGCCUUUCCCCAGCCCCAUCAGAGGCCACCCCCAAGUCCCUGCACCCCUGGUAUGGCAUCACCCCCACCAGCAGCCCCAAGACGAAGAAGCGCCCUGCCCCGAGAGCACCCAGUGCUUCCCCACUUGCUAUCCACGCCUCCCGCCUGUCACACUCAGAACCUCCUUCAGCUACACCGUCACCAGCUCUUAGUGUGGAGAGUCUGUCAUCUGAGAGCUCCAGUCACACUGCCAGUGCAGAACCUUUGGAGCCGCCUGCUGUACCCAAGAGCUCCUCGGAUCCUGCUGUGCACGUGCCUGAUACCCCUGGCACCUCUGGGAACUCUGUCACCCCCUUAGCCAACUCUUCCCUAUCGUCUUCUGAGGAGCUAGGGCAGCCUAGUGGUGAACAAAUGCCACAGGCCAGGACAAAGGGCAGCACUGGUACCCAUUCUACCAAGCCCUUCAGUGGUGCCACCCCCACCCCCUUCUUGUUGGCUAGAGACCGGAAUCCUGCACCUUCCGUGGGGAACUCAUCCCCACAGUUGCAGAUCAAGUCUUCCUGCAAGGAGAAUCCUUUCAACCGGAAACCAUCUCCCUCUGCGUCUCCAACCGUAAGGAAGGCCACCAAAGGAGCCAAGCCUGUGAGGCCACCUGCCCCCGGACACGGCUUUCCACUCAUCAAACGCAAGGUCCAGGCUGACCAGUAUAUUCCUGAGGAGGACAUCUAUGGUGAGAUGGACAAUAUUGAGCGCCAGCUUGAUGCCCUGGAACACAGUGGGGUUCUGUUGGAGGAGAAGCUGCGUGGUGGAGCAAAUGAGGGCAGCGAGGACGACAUGCUGGUGGACUGGUUCAAGCUCAUCCAUGAGAAGCAUCUACUAGUGCGGCGAGAGUCGGAGCUCAUUUAUGUCUUCAAGCAGCAGAACCUGGAGCAGCGCCAGGCUGAUGUGGAGUUUGAACUCCGGUGCCUUCUCAACAAGCCAGAAAAGGACUGGACAGAUGAGGAUCGGGCCAGAGAGACGGUGUUGAUGCAGGAACUCAUGACCCUCAUCGAGCAGCGAGAUGCCAUCGUCAACUGCCUGGAUGAGGACCGGCAGAGGGAAGAAGAGGAAGACAAGAUGUUGGAAACUAUGAUCAAGAAGAAAGAUUUCCAGAGAGAGGUGGAGUCCGACAGUAAGAAGAAGGGCAAAUUCAAGACCAUGAAGGUGCUGAAGCUUCUGGGAAACAGGCGAGAAGCCAAGAGCAAGGCCCCUGGGGACAAGAGCUGACAGCAGAGGAAGCCACCUUUCCUCUCCUGGAGCCUUGAGGCCAGAGCAGCACUCUGCUGCCCGUGGACCUGCCAAGGGGGACGAUGACCUUGGGAGGGAGUCUCUGGGUGACCUUUGCCCUCCUUAGUGGUCUCCAGCUGGUCUGGGCUAAAGAUUUUUCCUUCUUCCCUGUGUCCCAGGCAGCUCUGACUUAGCACUGCCCACUUGGAUUCAGACCCCAGAUGCUGUGAUGAGCCUAGGGGCAAGCAGGGAUGCAGGCUCCAGGCAGAGGAAGUGGCUCUCCUUGUUGCUCCCUGAACCAGGCCAGAUGGGGUCUUCACCAUCAUCAGUCCUGCUCACAGCAGGCCCUGGCUAAGGGCUUGUGGGCCUUGCAGCAAGGUUGCCUGCCUAGUUUCUUCCUUCCCAGCCCUGACCCUUGGUCCCUGCCUUCCUAUCCAGCACAGAUGCCCUUGAAACUCUGUCACCUCACUCAGGAGCUGUAUUUUUGAAGUCUCAAGUGCAGCCCCUCAGUGAGUGCUCUGUCUUGUGUCAGAAGGGAAUGAAAUGGGCUGAUGACAGUUCCGGUUCCUGUCCCUCAUCCCCCUUGCUCUGUGGGAAUCCUUGUCUACCACCCAGGGACCUGCUGGCUGUGCUGGGGCAGUGACUCAGGUCAGCCCAGGAAGGGAUGCUUUGGUAGGUGUCCUCUCAUUCAGGCUUCCUGCCCACCCCAUGCCCGGGGGAUGGGCCCAUUCCUUUUUGUCAUCAGUGCAGCCUGUUCUGUUGUCUUCCCUCCAAGGUCUGCUGGCCAGUCACCCCUGAGUGGCUCUGGGAGAAGUGAUGAAACCUCUUUUCACUGGGAAAUGUGCCAGGCAGCUUAUCAUCUUGGGGACUUCAGAGUCCCUCCCUCUGCAUCCUGGGAAGGAAUUCAUUGUAUCUCAAUUGUCAGCGCCCUGCAGCUUUAGGGACAGCUACGUCUGUGCCCUCUUGCCUGUCUGGGCUAUCAGUUGAGAACUUGACCCAUGUAGCUGUCCUGGAGCCAGCCCCGCCACCUCAGAGGUCUUUCAGAGGAGCCCUAUGACCCAGUUGCUAUAAUCCAAGAGAGGGCUCUACCAGGCUGUCUCAGUGUCAAGGGAAGUUUGUACCUCAGUGGAACAAAGCAGCCUUUCUCACAGUUACCUGCGUCCUGUAAACAUGGGCCUUGUGAACAUGCCAGAUCUUGCUCAUUUUUCAGAAUAAACCCAGAAUCCAGUUCUUCUACAGGCA